CCUGUCACUGCGGAAAUGAUGUUCAAUUUCCUCUAGUCUCGCGCGCCGCGGCUAAAUCACCCGCUUUACUAACAUCCUAACGCGACUUUUCGUCUUUCUGAAUUGAUCCAAAUAUACCCUGAGUCAAACUUGGCAACAUAUGGCGCGAUUGUUUGCGAGAGCCAUGCUAUGCCGAGUGCACAAAAAUUGAAGUCAAAAUGGCAUUAAUCUCCGCUGGACUUAUGCUCCAGCAUCAUCGACGAAUCCUAGCUGUGCCGCCCUAUCUCUCUAUCUUCUGCAUUGUAGUUGGCGUGAUCUGGUUAUUCCUCUUACCACUGAACGAUUAUUCCCGUCAGACCUAUAUUUCGGAAAACGCGUUGUUGCCCGGCCAAGUACACACAUAUUUUGGAGGAAGUGAGCAUCACAUUUUCAAAGCUUAUCGUGCUGAAGUCGAAGCCAUGACCCGAGAAGAUAACGAUCUAAUCCCACAAAAGAUAUCUGGAAUUUUCGAAUCGACCGGGCUCAAGGCUGCGCGGCAGGAGUAUCGCUACACCUUCUCAGGGAAGAAUACUUCUGGCGAGAACGUAUAUUCCAUACUUCCUGCUCCUCGUGGCGAUGCGACUGAGGCGAUAGUCUUAGUUGGUGCAUGGAAAAGCCUUGAUGGGCGGGUUAAUGUAAAUGGGGUUGCACUUGUGCUCACCUUGGCACGAUACUUCAGAAGAUGGUCUUUAUGGUCAAAGGAUAUAAUAUUUUUGGUGGCAGCUGACAGUACUGCCGGACCCCAGGCUUGGGCUGAUGCUUACCACGAUGCACAUUCCACUGUCUCAGCAGCUUCCCUAUCCCUCAAAAGCGGAGCAUUGCAGGGGGUCAUUGCCCUAGAUUAUGCUCAGCCAUAUCGAUUCGAUUCUUUGCACGUUAUUUAUGAUGGGAUCAACGGUCAACUGCCAAAUCUUGAUCUUUUCAACACAGUGGUUUCAAUCGCAAGCGGACAAAUGGGUAUCAAAACUACCUUGCAGCAGAUGUGGAAGCACGAUGACAAUUACAAAUCAAGGCUGCAGACUAUGCUUCGUGGAAUGCUCAAUCAAGGACUGGGUCACGCGUCUGGUCCACAUAGCGGCUUUAUUCCUUACCAUGUCGAUGCAGUUACUCUUCACGCAGUCGGCGAAGGUUGGCAUGAUGAAAUGGCCAUGGGUCGAACUGUGGAAAGCAUUUUCAGGAGCCUCAACAACCUAUUGGAACAUUUCCACCAGAGUUUUUUCUUCUAUCUGCUCAUGCAACCCAAUCGUUUCGUAAGCAUUGGGACUUAUCUUCCAAGUGCGAUGUUGGUCGCGAUUAGCUUCACAAUAAUGGCCAUUGCUUUGUGGAUCCAGAGUGGCCGAACUUCCUGCGCUUCAGACAAAUGCAACCUUAUUAAAGAUCGUCCUGAGGGUGUAGAAUUUGUCAAGCAAGAUACCAUGCUUGCUCUCGUUCCGAAUUCUUCAAUCGUUGUACCCAAAAGAAGGUUAUUUUUGCCUCUACUGUUCGUCGGGGCCGUGCAUUUUCUGGGGUUUGCUCCGCUCUUUGUCUUCAAUCAUUCUUCACAGUCGUCUCUUUUGUUGGCAUUUGCAAUUUUGUGUGGAUUCAACCUAAUAGCGCCACAAUGUAUUGCAACAGCACUCAAACGACUCUUCCUCCCAAAAGAAAGCCAGAUCCUCAUGAUAAAGUCCUUCUCCCUACUCUUCGUAGGAAUGUGCCUUUCCGCUCUCGCCACGCUCAACUUUUCCCUUUCCUUACUUAUAGGACUUCUGGCAACUCCUUUAGCCUUUAUCGGCCCCGGUAUCAUAUCAACUCCAGCGAAACUGAUCUCUUGCCUCAUCCUCUACGCAUUUUCACCGUCGACUAUUGUUCUUUUUGCCGGACGCUACUGGAAUUAUCGACUUGAAAACAUCCUUGAAAAAGCAUCAUUCGGUUGGAAUAUCUGGGGUAUGUGGACACAGGUUGUUUUUUGGUGUCUUUGGUGGCCAGCUUGGCUCAUCAGUGCUGUCCUGUGGCAUUGUUGAUAAAAAAGAUUUGUGACAAACCUGAGUUGGAGGUGCUAUCUAUGCAGGAUAAAGUUAAAGUACAGCUGCACAGUUGCUGGCGAAGUGAUAGCAUAUUACGCAGAAAUCAUCUUAGAUGUCAAAGCCACGUGAUGCUGCAUGUCCCUUCGGCAAGAAGAAUAAUUGAGUUACAGACGACGAUUUCAGACGUGUUAAUUGGCAGAAUGUUUUGCAGAUUCUAUCCGAAAUUCAGAUACCAUUGCUAGAUAGAGCUACCUAUCAUAAUGUUGUCUUCAACUUGUACUUGAAUGGAUCUGCAUCCCGAUAGACUGAGAAUUAGCGACCAAUAUCCU